UUGUACUCCGUCUGAAGCAAAUACACAGAGAGAGAGAGAUAUGGCUUGUGUUCCUCUAACUUCUCUGAUGAAUACAAUCCACUUUGAGUUCUUACAACCCUGCAGAGCACCUGUGAUUCUUGAUGAAGAUACAGCACAUAUGGUUAGUUCUCUCCACCAUAAUCUCGGUUUCUUGCUCACCUUUCUCAACGACUUAGUGAAGAAACCAGGGAUAGAUGAAGCUGUAAUCAAAGAUUUGGAAGCCAAAAUCAGAGACUUUGCCUUUUUAGCAGAAGAUGAAGUUGAAUCAAAUCUGGCAAAGAUAUAUAUGGAGGCGGCAGAUAAAAAGAUGAUACUCUUUCAGAACCUACAACAAGUACUAGGUGAAGAUUCAAAGAUGAUACUCUUUCAGAACCUACAACAAGUAUCCGAAAAAACUCAAAACUUCGUCCAAAAUUUGCCAAAGGUACAUGCCCUUCCGUUAGAUAUUGGUUCAGACCAUAAGAGCGGAUCUUCACAGCGGUUCUCAAAGAUUGAGGACAGAAUGGUUGGGCGUACAAGUGAAUUAAAUACAAUAAUGAAUCAGCUCAUUGGUCGCCCAUGGAAAGUCAUUUCCAUUCUCGGGAUGGGCGGGAUCGGUAAAACUACUUUAGCCAAAAGAGUUUACGAAGAUCCACAAGUCAUAUCCCACUUUGACCUUCGUGCAUGGGCUACUGUCUCUCAAGAAGUUAACCUGAGACAAAUUCUCUGCAACCUUCUUUGGUCCAUUGAGAGAGGAACGAAUACUGACAGAAGCACAGAUGAUCUAGCACACAAACUACGACAGCAUUUGAUGGGUCGUCAAAGGUAUCUGAUUGUGGUGGAUGACGUAUGGGAAACCGGUGUUUGGGAUUAUCUCACAAGAUGUUUUCCUAAAUGUCAUGGAAGUGCAGUAUUGGUGACCUCUCGGCUAAAAGAGAUUGCAGACUACAGUAAAUCAGGUGCCAGUAAUCUUAUUCACAACUUGCAUUAUCUCGAUUCUAAUGAAAGUUGGGAUCUAUUUUGCAGUCACAUUGUCUUGAAACAGCCCUUGCACUCUAAGUUCAACACAAUUGGAAGGAAUAUUGUUGGCAAGUGUGGGGGGCUUCCCCUGGCAAUUGUUGUAGCUGCUGGACUUGUAUCCCAACUCAGCAAAGUUGAAGAAUUGGAAAAUAUUGUGGAAGAAAUGAGCUAUCGUUUUAGUACAGAUAUUGGUGAACAAUGUUCAAGAAUUCUUAUUGUAAGUUAUAAUCAUUUACCUCAGCAUUUGAAAGCUUGCUUUUUAUAUUUAGGAGUUUUCUCAGCAGGUAGUGAAAUUCCUGUUAAAAAGCUUGUUAGGUUAUGGAUUGCCGAGGGGUUUGUGAAGAAGUCAGUGAGGAAUAAGGAAUUGGAAGAAGUGGGUGUUGGGUAUUUACAUGAUCUUAUUAGUAGAAGUCUAGUCCGAAUUGAUAAGCUUAAAUGCGAUGGCCAAAUCAAGACGUGUAGGAUGCAUGAUCUCUUGCGUGGACUUUGUGUACGACAAGCCACAAAUGAAAAACUUUUCUUGUUAAUAGUUAUAGAUUUGACUUCUCCUUUGUACAACAAGGCAGUCAAUCUGUCCAACCUAGAUCAUCUAUCCACUAUAGUUCUUCUAAGAUACCUGGCUUUUGAGAUGGAUAGGUCUCUUGGCUCCGAGGGUCUCAAGAAUAUACUGUCUAAAAAUAAAAAAUUGCAAACACUUAUAGUUUCACAUAGUGCCCCUCAUCACUGGCAAGUGCAUUCUUCUCAUUUGCCAUCCACAAUUUGGGGAUCACCACAGUUAAGACAUCUUGAGUUUAGAAGAAACAUCUUUAAAGUGGAGCCUCCAGGCAUAGUGAAAGAGGACUUGCAAGUUUGGUAUUGGUUGAGCAUAUUUCAUUGCACUAGAGAAGUUAUUUCUAGGAUUCCCAACGUAAAAACGUUAGGGAUUUUUUGUGAAGAUAGAGUAAUUCAUGAUGAUGGCGUGUCUUUCAAUGGUGCUAUCAGCUUGAAAAAUCUAUGUUAUUUGAAUGAGUUUGAGGUUUUAACUAUUGAAGCUGAGUUUCCCAUUCCUAAGCGCAUGUCCCUUCCAAGUAUAGAUGCACUUCCCGAUAACCUUAGGAAGCUGAAUCUACGCAAGAUUUAUCUGCCAUGGAAGGAUAAUAUAGCAACAAUUGCCUUGUUGCCUAGACUAGAGGUUCUCAAACUAAAAAUGGAUGCUUUCUAUGGGCCGGAGUGGAAACCAACUGAAGGGGGAUUUCGUCGAUUAAAGUUUUUACAACUUGAAAACGCACAACUCGAGAUUUGGAAUGCCUUUGAUGAUGAGUUCCCUAUGCUUGAGCGCCUAGUCCUCAAGUAUUGUGACAGAUUGAAACAGAUCCCAAGUUCUUUCUCAACCAUUAGUUCUCUCCAAUCAAUUGACUUUGAAAGGUGUAAGCCUGCCCUUUUGACUUGUGCCAAGAAUAUCCAAGAAGAACGGCUCACUUAUGGAUAUGAUGGUUUUGCUAUUGUUGACCGCACUCCUCAGUACACUUUUGAGCAAAGUAUGAGCAAUAAUUAUUACGCACCAGUGGUUGAAGCCCAGAAGCCAUCGGCAUGCUGUAUCUGUUGA